AUGUUGGCUCCCCAGACAGGUUUCAAUGUCGGCUAUCAAGACAGAGUGUGCCCAAUGUGCAGCGCCCGGGUUUGGGAAAAGGAAUCCUACCAGACGGGCCAAUGGUCUGAAAGCUGUAACGGCAUCUGCUGCACAAAUGGCAAAGUGGACCUGCCCAACCUUCCCGAUACCCCCCCUUUCCUGAAGUACCUAUUUACCUCGGGGGAUGAGCGAGCAAAGGACUUUCGGAAGCACAUCCGGAAGUUCAAUACCGCACUGAGCUUUACUUCGAUGGGUGCGAAGGUGGAUGAGAGAGUAACCGGUCGCGGUGGUGGGCCACCAGUCUAUCGUAUCCAAGGCGAAGUCAGGCAUCGUAUUGGUUCUUUGCUCCCUGAGGCAGGGCGAAAUCCAUUGUUUGCUCAGUUCUACGUCUGCGAUACACAGAUUGGUGAUACCAACCGCCCGGCUGUGAUCUCUGCAUCCCAAACGCAACUCUGUCGUGAGUUACAAGCCAUGCUCACGGAGGUGAACCCGUACGCACGCGCAUACCGUACGGCCCGCGAAAGACUCUUGGAUGCGGAAACCCCAGCAGUCAAUCUCCAGAUGCGGCUCUUGGCUGACCGCGCAAAGGAUGGACGCCGGUACAAUCUCCCAACUGCAGACGAGGUUGCCGCCUUGAUGGUCGGUGAUGGCUCCCAAGAUGCUAAUCCCCGUGACAUCAUUCUUCAGUACCGAGAUGGUCGUCUCAGGCGGAUCUACGAAACUUUUGUCGGCUACUAUCCUCUUGGAUAUCCCCUAUUGUUCCCGUGGGGUGAGGAUGGAUGGCAUCGGAAGAUCAAGAUCCGCGAGCGUGCUCCUGCUCCAACCGAAUCUGACGGUGAAGAAGGCCUCCAAGUCCAAGGCGGCGAGGAUGAUGAAGAGUCCACCAAGCGGCAAUUUGUUACCAUGCGAGAGUUUUCGGCCUUUCGUUUGCAAGUGCGACAAUGUGACGGACCCGCUCUGAUGCGCGGAGGUCGACUACUGCAGCAGUUCAUAGUGGACAGCUACGCCUCUCUGGAACAAAACCGCGUCAACUACCUGAAGAUGAACCAAGACAAGCUGCGAGCCGAUGUCUAUCAAGGACUACAAGAUGCCGUCAUGGGUGGGGACUAUGACGGCAACAGUAUUGGCCGCAGGGUUGUUCUUCCCUCAUCGUUCAAUGGAGGUCCUCGCCACAUGAUGCAGAACUAUCAGGACGCAAUGGCUAUCUGCGCAACUUUCGGCAAGCCAGAUCUUUUUGUGACGGUCACCUGUAACCCGAAUUGGCCGGAGAUCACGGAAGCACUGUUACCGAACCAGAAACCAUCCGAUCGCCCUGAUUUAGUCGCACGCGCUUUCCAUCUGCGCAAGAAGGAGCUGCAGCGCGAGCUCUACAAGACCCACAUCUUUGGAAAGUCCGUCGCUCACCUGGGGGUGAUUGAGUUCCAAAAACGUGGCCUUCCGCAUUGUCAUAUGCUCAUGUGGUUGGCAGAGGAUGCCAAAUUGCGUCGGGUUGAAGACAUUGACCGGCUGAUCAGUGCCGAAAUCCCUGACCGUGUCAAGAAUCCGCUUGCGUUCGCUACUGUCAGCAAAUACAUGAUGCAUGGGCCGUGUGGGACCGGCUUCGCAAAUGCACCCUGUAUGGAAGAUGGCAAGUGCAGCAAAGGAUAUCCAUGCAACUUCCGUCCUACAACUUCUGCUGAAGACCAAGGCUAUCCAAAGUACCGCCGUCGACAAAACGGCGAAACUGUCUUGGUGAAGAACACGGAGCUUGACAACCAAUGGGUCGUCCCCCACAACCUCUACCUGUGUACCCGCUAUGAUUGCCACAUCAAUGUCGAGGCCGUCCACACCGUCGGUGCCAUCAAGUAUCUCUUCAAGUACGUCUAUAAGGGGCAUGACAAGGCAACUGCUGUCAUUUCAAGAGCGGGGGGUCCUGAUGCCGCCCAACCUACGAUUGAAGAAGGCACCGACGAGAUCAAGCAGUACAUUGAUUGUCGCUAUGUCUCGGCAUCUGAAGCUUCCUGGCGACUGUAUGCGUUUCCCAUGCAAGACAGAAGUCCGUCGGUAGAAAGGCUGCCAGUGUAUCUUGAGGGUCAGGAACCAGUGGUCUUUGAGGCUGGGGAGGACCUGCGGGCAGUUUUGGAACGGCCGGUCAAGAACUCUAUGCUGGACGCCUACUUUGCGGCCAACGCACACGUGGAGACUGCAGCCGUGGCCAAAACCCUCACCUACAGUCAGUUCCCCACCAUGUUUGUUUGGAAACCGAAGCAACGGCAGUGGAAACUUCGACAACGUGGUUCCGCUAUUGGUCGCCUCUACUACGCUCCUCCUUCCGCCGGUGAACGUUAUUACCUGCGGAUGCUACUCCACACGGUCAAGGGUGCCACUUCCUUCGAGGAUCUCCGAACGGUGCACGGGACCCAUCAUGCCACUUUCAAGCAGGCUUGCGUCGCGCGGGGUCUAUUGGAGGAUGACAACGAGUGGCACACUGUCCUGGGUGAGGCCGGGGUUUGGCAGACAGGGAAGAAACUGCGGGAACUGUUCUGCGAUGUCACCAACCCCUUGGAUCUCUGGAACGCCCAUUGGGAAGUUUUAAGCGAUGAUCUGGAGUACCUCACCCGCCAGGAAACGAACAAUCCAAGUUUGGUCCUCUCUGAAGAUGCCCUGCGGAAUCGUGCAUUGUACGAGAUUGAGCAAGUCUUGAUUGUACGUGGCAAGGACCUCGAAUGUUUCGCUUUGCCUCCAACAACAUUUGUCCCUGAUGUUGCGGCCGGAAACCGACUUAUCCAGGAGCAGCUCAACUAUGAUCAGGCUGCCGACACCAAUGAGGCCAGGCUGAACGCUGACCAACUGCUGGCGUAUCAGACUAUACUGGACUCUGUCACGUCCCAAGAGGGCAAACUCUUCUUCCUGGAUGGUCCCGGAGGUACAGGAAAGACAUUCGUAUGGACUACGCUACUGGCGCGUCUCCGCGGGCAAGGCAAAAUCGUGCUCGCGGUUGCUUCAUCUGGGAUUGCUGCUUUACUGCUACCCGGCGGUCAAACUGCGCACUCAAGAUUCGGAAUCCCCAUCCAGCUAACGGAUGGUCCUUCCACCGGAAUGUGCAAUGGAACCCGUCUCAUUGUCAAACGCAUGGGCCAGAGGGUUAUUGAGGCCACUAUUCUGACGGGUGCCAACAUUGGGGCCGCUGUAUUCAUACCUCGGAUUGCUAUGACCACGAAUGAGGGUGAUUUCCCAUUCGUCCUCAGGCGUCGUCAGUUUCCGCUCAAGGUUGCAUAUGCAAUGACGAUCAACAAAAGUCAAGGGCAGACCAUGACCCAUGUUGGAUUGUACUUGCCGGUUUCUGUCUUCGCGCAUGGCCAACUCUACGUGGGGGUUUCACGAACAACUGCAUCGCGCUUUCUGAAGAUUUUGAACCUUGAAGGUCCAGAGGGUCGCAUGCGGAAUGUCGUUUACAAGGAGGUUCUUCAGUAA